UUUGCUCCGACCUUUGAGCGCAGCGGGGCGGGAGACGGAGCCUCAGACCGAGCAGGGUGAAGCUCAGGAAUGGACACAGACUUCACUCAGGACGCGGUGCUGCAUUUCCUCCAGAGCAGCGGAGGUUCAGUGAAAAACUCCGACCUCCUGCUGCACUUCCGGCCCUUCCUCCGGGACCAUGCGGACCGGGACCGGAACCGGGAGCUCUUCAAGAAGUUCGUCAACUCCGUGGCCACCGUCAGACAGAUCGACGGAGUUUCUUUUGUGGUUCUCAGGAAGAAAUUCAAAGGUCAUGUUUCCGGCGAAGGAGGGUCCUCCGGGGCUCCGUGGCUCCACACCGGGAAGAAGAGCGAACGCACGACGGAAAAUGCUCGCCGAAGCCCGGGUACGAGCGCGGAGAAGCCUCGGCAGAAACUGGAGGAGACAACACCCGCCCCGCCGGGAGAAACCGCCCGGAAAACAAUCCUACCUGCAGCUGGGAUCAUGCUGAACAACAACAACAAUGUGGAGACGAAUCUGAACCUGAGACAGCCGCAGGUGAACAGCUCACCUGUUCAGGUAGAGGGUCAGAGGCAGGAGAGACCAGGACUGAAGGCUGGACCUGCUGGCCCGGUUCACAGCUCCACACUGGGGCAGCAGACAGCGAGUUCUGGUCCCAGUACCACACCAGGAACCAGAGAGCAGGUCCCUGAAUGCUUCAUGGGGAGGCCUGAGGAUGGUCUUCAUCAGGACCCUCGUCUUCAUCAAGAACCUCGUCUUCAUCAACCACCUCCUGUUCAUCAGCAGCCUCCUCUUCAUCAGCAGCCUCCUCUUCAUCAGCAACCUCCUCUUCAUCCAGAACCUCCUCUUCAUCAGCAGCCUCCUCUUCAUACAGAAUCUCCUCUUCAUCAGACACCUCCUCUUCAUCAGCAGCCUCCUCUUCAUCAGCAGCCUCCUCUUCAUCCAGAACCUCCUCUUCAUCAGCAGCCUCCUCUUCAUCCAGAACCUCCUCUUCAUCAGCAGCCUCCUCUUCAUCCAGAACCUCCUCUUCAUCAGCAGCCUCCUCUUCAUCCAGAAUCUCCUCUUCAUCAGCAGCAUCGUGUCGCUCCACGUCGCAUCAGACACCGGCCGAGCUACAAAUCUGCAGUUUCUUGUGAUGAUGAUGAGGAGGAAGAGGAGGAGGUCCUGGUCAGACGAGGUUCAUCAGGAGGUGUGUGGCCCUUGAACGCUCCACUUGGGGACACUCUGAGGGCCAUUUCUGCCUCGUCGCCCUGCAUCGUGGACCCACCUGCUCCAUCCUCUUCUUCAUCAGAGAAGAAGCUGCCUCAGAUCUGCAUCCAGGACAUGGACCUGGUGGUGUCGACUCCUCGAGGUCCAGGAAGGAGGUCAGAACCUGCAUCUAGAUCUGGAUCUCCACAUCAAGCAGCAGAGGCACCGUCUCACCACAACGUCCACCAGGACCUCCGGAUCUUCCAGCCUGGAGGCGUCCAGGUGGAGCCCAGGCUUGACCCACAUCCCACCCAGAGGCUCUCAUCCAGCCACAGCACCAUCUUCUCCCCAUCUUCUGACACCUCCUUCUCCAGCAGCGUCUUUCCUCCGUCUGGUUCCCCGAGAACGUCGAGGUGGAACAGCAGCUCUGAGGAUCUACAGGCGAGAGCAGGUGAGGAUAAAAUCAAGGAUGCGCUCCGGCGAAUCCAAGGACUGGAGCCCGAGUCUGAGCCUGUGAUGCACCGCGGCGACGGUAAAACUACGAAACCGUGGCAUCACUCUACAGGUAAUCUCCUUGACGACCAGAAGCCUUCAGCUCGUUCGUUGUCACCGCUGCAUCGCUCCACCGACCAUCUCCAUGACGACCAGAAGCUUCCAAACCGAGUGAUGCCGUGGCACCUUUCCACAGGUGACCUCUGUGAUGACCGUGAGGACGUAGAGUCCAGUGAUGGUUCCACCUCCUCCCCACAGCUGAGGCAGCGUCCGACUGUCGCCAGGCGGGUCAGCAGCCGCCUGAGGAGCCGGAUGUGCCGAAGUAUGGGUGCCGAUCUGGACCAGCUUCUCCAGGAGGAGGCUGGAGGUGUCGGACCAGGAAGUAGCGAGGCGGCCCGACUGAACCGCCUCCACCGGAUCUCCUCCUCACUCAGCCUUCGCUACAACCUGUCGACCUCCUCGCUGUCGUCUUGCUCCACGCCGCCUCGAUGCGACAGCGUCGGCAGCCUGGUGGACGUAGUCGAGAAGAAGGACGCCAGGAGGAGCCUCCCCAUCACCUCCACCUCCUCACCUGCUCACCAUGAAGGCCGCAGUCGGCAGCCCCAGUUGUUUCCCCUGGAGCCCAGAGAACACGCCUGGCUGGUGAAGGGGGCGAUGGGCGCCUGGACGGACAUCUACUCCCUGUUCAGAGAGGACUCGUCUCUGCUCAACAAACGAGACUUCAUCUCCGGCUUCACUGUGCUGCACUGGAUCGCUAAACACGGCGACCACCGAGUCCUCAACACUCUGUGGUACGGAGUCGAAAAGGCCGGUUUAUCCUUCGACAUCAACGCCAGGGCGACCAGCGGCCACACUCCUCUCCACGUCGCCGCCAUCCACAGCAACAAAAACAUCAUCCGACUGCUGGUGAGCAAGUUCAACGCCGACGUCCGGCUGAGGGACACGGCGGGGAAGAAGCCCUGGCAGUACCUGAGCCGGACCGCCCCGCUGGAAAUCUUCCAGCUGCUGGGAGCUCCGGCCAGAGCUGCCGUGACCGGAGAAGGUGGAGUCCAGCAGGUCGACUCCAACUGGGAACAUCAGCAGCAACAGCAGCAGCAGCAACGCCGCCGUCGCCGCCACCACUUUUCCUCGGCCUCCGGACAACGGCCGUACACGGGAACGACGAAGGUGAAAAGGUCGACAUCGAUCGCCGCCUUCCUCAAACACAAAUCGUUACAUCGUUUCUACGGACAUCAGCCUGACUCUCCUCUUUAAAGACCGAAACUUGUGGAUUAACUUCAUUUGGAGAAUACAACAAUCUGACGGGUUUAUGGAGAACUUAACUGGAGAACUCAGGUGAUGUUUAUUUGGAUUAACCAACACCAGUCCAGGUUAAAUCUUGAGUUUGGCCCAACUACAAAGUGGCUCAUGGGUAAUUCCAUUUCUACUUGACCAUUUCUGAUUUGCCUGAAAUUUUUAUACAAUAAAAUAUGGGUGUUGUGAAAUUUUAGCUUGAUAUAUCAAAUACUUUCUGAGAAUUAUCACUAUUUUUUAAAUUUAGCAACUGUCGACCAACUUUUGGCACUUUUUUUACGCAAAUAACAAGUAUGAAAAUUAUUUUUGUUGUUAUUGCUGAGCUCUAACUCCUUUCUACUAGAAUUAGGCUGUCGAGCAGUGUUUUACAACUUGUCAUAGCUGCUCAGUCACAUAUUAAAGUUCAAGUAGAAUAGUUUUUUAAUUUUUACUUUUCAUUUUUGUAAUCAAGUAUUUGAUAGUAAAAAGUAUUAGAGAUUGUUAAAUCUACGUGUCCAAUACUACAGAUUCUGAAUCCGUGACAUGGUGAGAAAUAACAGAGAAAAUUUCAUGUUUUUAUCUUUAAUAGUUCCUCAGAUAUUGUUGUUCAAACAGACUCAAAUUUCAACAUGAGCAAAAAAAAACCUUCUGAAAGUGGGUCGACAGGCAAUUUUUGAGAAAUAUUUUCUCAGAAAGUAGUUACUAUAUGAAUCUAAAAUGUCAUAAAUAUCAUUAUAAAUAUCUAAAGUAUAAGAUAACAAAAAGUUUUGACCAAACAGAGAUGGUUUAGCAGAAGCCCCUAAAGAUUUUAGAUGGAAUAACCUUAAUGUGGUUUGCCAUUUAUCUUCCACUGUCAUUUACAGCAUUCUGUUUGUCGGCACUGAUCUGUUAGUCACUGGUUCUCAGAUAUUUUCAUAUCAUAUCCUCCUUGAGAAGAAUGAAAACAGUCAUGACUCCCUACCAAAGAGAAUAUUUCAUUUUUAUCAGUCGAAUGCAAUACAAGAAAAACCAUAAAGAACUAAAACAUGUUUUAAAUGUAGCCCUGCUAGCUUAGUAUUAGCAUAACAUCCGUCCACUGGUGUAAGUGUUCUGUCAGACCAGUAUUUGCAAUUUGUCCAAAAAUUGAUUUUAUCAGUGUAUUUGUAAUUUCAUGGUGCCAUCAGCUUAAUUUUGGCUUGUUUCAUUAAUGUAAACAGUCUCGACGCAGCGAAGAGAACUCAUUUUGUUCGUAUUAGCUCUUAUGUUCCAUCUUGUUUUAGUUGCCGCUCCAAGCUAACUAGCAUGUAGCCAGCACCUCUGUCAGUUCUAUCAAUCAAAUGCAAUGCCAGGAAAACAACUAGCAUGACUGUUUUGUUGAAGCUGCAAAUAGAACUCAGUCACUUCCUGUUAGCAUGUAGCUAGUUUUCAUGCUAGCUACCAUAGCUCACUGUCUAGGCAUCUCGUACCACCCAAGUCAUGAGGACCAGUUUUUCUUUUCAUCUUUGUGGUCUAAUCUUGGCACUAUGAAGUAUUUUAAAUGGCCUUUGUUGGUGGAGUGUUGUCUGACAGUGGAAUGUGAGUAAUAGUGAAUUAAAGCAGCGUACCACUGAGGAUAAGAUAAGAAUAAUAACUACUUUGUCCCGCUGCCUCUGUCAGAGCUACAUAACUUUGAGGUUUUUACUGCACCUGAAAGCCUCCACACUGCUCUGUUAGGUUUCUAGCAUGACAUAACUAAAACCUUAGUUUUAAUGAGUUUCUCACAGUUUAUACCAACGUUUUACAUUUACUCUUGAUUAAAAAUAGACGUCUUCCUGCUCUGGAACAGCAGAAACCCUGACACUGUAAAUGUGGUCGUCUGAUUUCAAGACAAAACAAAUUCAUCCUUCUCAGCACAAAAAACCUUGAGCUCAGUCCAAACAACUGCAACAAAAAGGGAGCACGAGUUCCUCCAGCUGAGCUGACAGGUUCAGCGGAUACAAAAGCCAAAGAAAAGAUUGUAUCACAAAGAAUGCUGGAUCUGAGGCGUGUGAUCGCUUCGAGCGGGAGGCGAUUUACAGGCACUUGGCAAAGCAGCCGAGUUUUCAGCAUGACUGUGUGAUGUCAUUGUUGUUUGAGGAAAGAAUUAGGUGGAAGUUUACGAGCCGCGAGCCAACAAGAGCUCCAGUUUCAACCCGAAACCGAUUCAUUCACCGAGACUCAUCCAGAGGUCAGAGGUCGUCAACAAUACACAACAUACUGCUGCUUUGUUAAAGUGCACUUUACAUUCCUCUUUCUGUUCCCAAACCAUCAGUUAGUUAGUUUUCCGUCCUUGUAGGCAGCGUUUAGUUUGAGUAUGAUACAGAAUUAGAUAGGUAGUGGACAGAAUAUCAUGAACACCUACACAAUAUAAUCAAAUCACGAAGAAACAUUUGGAAAAUUAUGAACUUUAGGGUAUAUUUAAGGUGGAUUUUAUUAGAUUUGAGCACAACAGGUUAGCUCUUUGUGCUAAGCUAAGGUAAGCUAACCACCUCCCGGCUGUAGCUGUAUUUUAAUCAUACAGCUAAAAAAACAGUGUCAGCCUUGUCGUCUCUUUCUCAGUAAGAACACAAAUGAGCACAUUUCCGGUAAUGUUGAACUGUUUCUAUUAUCGUCUACUACUGAACUUUGACUGGUCCUUGUCAAGUGGCAGACUUCGCUCAAACAUCGCCAUCUUCAUUCACCAGUUCAGAUAGUCUGACUGGCUGAAUGCAGACUGUGGGUAUAAGUCUGCGAAUCUACGUGUUCCAGUUUUCAAAAUUCUUGUCAACACAGGAAAUAACAACAACUACUACUUCCAGGAAACAACUUUGAUUGAAAAUUUCAAGUUUCGCCGAAGGUUUCAAUCACCAAUAAGGCAACCCUCCUAGUUUUCUGGGUUUGUGAUUAGUUUAAAGAACUACCAACUAGCCGAGCUGUUCUCCCCGCUAUACCGAAAUGAUAGUGAGGUGUAGUCACACCAUUCUACACAGUGCUGUAUCAGUGCUGAGAAUAGUCUGGCUAUCAAAGACUAACUUCUACGUGCUCAUACAACUGGAGUUACAUCCAGUAAGUUCUAUUUUUUGUUGUUAGACUUAACGUUGUAGUCGUAGCUGUUGGAUCCAAGGGCCUGUUACUUUUAAAAAUGAUGAACAAGCUUUGUAAUUUAGAGCUAAGUUGACAGAAACAUUUGGCGUUAGGGUGUUGUACUUGAUUGCAUUUUGUUGUCCGGUGUUUGCAUUAUUAUGUCCACCCCUUUAUAUACUAAUAGUCAUGUUAUCGUCACAACAUAGUUAUUUUAGUAGGCUAACUUUGACCACCAACCAAUACACCAAAGUGGCACAUAUUAGCUAACUUUAGCUAAUUUUGGCGCAACAGUCUUAGCCUUGUAUGACUUCUAGCUUAAGGUGACGAAUGCUAGCUAAUGUCAGCUAACUUUGGCUACUACAGUUUUAAUGGGGUUGAUUAUUAAAAUAAAAUAAACUAGAAAACUCCCAAAUCUUCCCAUUGGUUCCUUUGGUUCUUAUUCUUUAAAAACCCUGAAGUCUUAGAUUCGUGAGUUUCUCAGCAGCAAUUUCAAACUGAGCACACAUCAUUUCAAUUAAACUGAAUUGUAAGAAAGAGUCACUUAAAAAAGACGGGAAGCAAUCAAAACACUGAUGGAGGAUUUGGAAAAUGAUCAACAGGAAUGAAUUGUACAGGAUGUGUAGUUUUAUGGUGUAAAACAUGUAAAAACAUAAGUAUUGUUCUUUCACACCAUAAUGGUAAAACUGUUGUUUUUUGGUUUGUAAAUAGUUCUAGUCUGAUGUUUACUGGGGUUGUAAUGUUCUCUAAAAUUCACAGUAUUUUUCAUGAUAUUUGUCAAAGUUUAAACACUGAGUAUUAAAUGUGUUUCACAGCUGAA